UUUUUAUAAGUGAAUAUAAAAGAGCUGAGAUAUCAUCGGAAAAAUUUGUUAACAUUUGUUUUUAAACGAAUAUUUAAGAGACAACAAAAAAUAUGUUGCGUGGUUCAAUUAUUUUUUAUUUGAUUACGGGAGCUUUUACUUCCGAGCCAUUCUAUUAUGGACGCUGUCCAUCACCAACAAUAGAUCCAGUAGAUUUAGAAAGAUACGCCGGAGAAUGGCGCGAAUAUCAAACAAAUAAAAAUAAUUGGGAUAAUGCAUCAAGAUGCACUACCUCUUUUUGGACGAAGCCAGAAAAUGGAGUCUCUACAGUGUUCGUCACUGGAAUACCUACGAUUGGUGGUGACAACUCAACAAUAAUUGGUAAAGGAGCUAAUAAUGAUCGUAACUUAGGAAUUACUUUCCAUUUCCCUGUUUUGGGUGCAUCAUAUGACGAAUACUGGGUUCUCAAUACCGACUAUGAAAAUUAUUCUAUUACUUGGGCUUGUACAGACCAUGGAUUGUUUUAUACUAUAAAACUCUACAUAUUUACAAGAGAAAAAGUACCUGCACUUGAUGUUAAAAAAAUUGGCGAAGAAACGUACAAAAAUUAUGGGCUUCCAAUAGAACCUAUGGUAACAAUCGAUCAGAAUAAUUGUCCAGAUAUUUAUUAAUUUUAUACACGAAAAAAAAAAAAAAAUAGGUGCUGCAACAGGAUGCAGUCCUGUGGGAGCAACAAGACAAAAUC